AUGCCAGUGAGCUAUAUGUGCGACUUUUUUUGACGAAGAAGCAGAACGUGGCGCGCUUGACUGGACAUCACCAUCGGCAUUGUCGUAGCACACGCAGUCGUUCGGCGUUGGCUACUGAGUUCGAAUUGGACAACUGGGAUAUGCUGAUCGAAAUUUAAAGACCAGUCUACUUUCGGAAAGUUAUUUCGCAGACUGCUUUGAAGGAGAGAGUCAAGCGACGCUGUGAACGCUAUGACGUCAGUGCCAGAAACGGUGGAGUCCAGUUCCGCAAAGGUUCAGGAACCUUCUGCGUCAGAUCUAGCUCCGGCGUCAUCCGAUGUUCCCAUAGAACAAAAGGAUGUGCACGCAGCGGAAGCAGGAACGCUGGGCGUAACGGGAGGCGUUGUGGUCCAAGCUUUGACUCAGCCCGGUCCAAAACGCUCUAUCGGGGCCGUCAGCAUAGGCGGGGUUUCUAUAGGCCACCCUUCCUUGAGACAUACUGCCAACGCUGCCACGGGUACAUCGAAUCAACUAACCGAGGUCACCUUGGGAGAGCAUCUCAGCACCACGGCCAUCCAGGUCUUCAUUCCUUUCCUGUUGGCCGGAUUCGGCUCUGUACUCGCGGGUAUCGUCUUGGAUUUAGUAAAGAACAUUACAGUGUUCGUCGUGGUACGCGAGCUCUUCAUUCUUAUUCCACCUCUGCUGGGCCUCAACGGCAAUCUUGAACAGACCUUGGUAGCUCGUCUAGCCACACAGGCAAAUCUUGGGAAGCUGGAUCGGCUACAAGACCAGAUACCCACGGUCUUCGCGAACAUGGCACUUUUACAGUGCCAGGCAACGGUAGCGUCUACAAUUGCCUGUCUCUUGGCGGUCUUCAAAGGGGUCGUUUUUAAUUCAGACUUCCGUGUGGCCGAUGCAGGCAUCAUAUUCGGUGGUGCCCUGGCAGCCGUCAACCUUGCCAGUUUUAUUCUUUGUACUGUUAUGUGCACUGUGGUCAUACUUUCCAAGAAAUGCGGCCGCAACCCCGACGAGGUGGCCCCAGCUAUCGCAGCGUCGUUUGGCGAUCUGGUAACACUCAGCCUAUUCUCCCUGUGCUGUACGCUCAUGUUCUACCACAAAGUGCUGAUCGUCGUGGUGACCAUCAUCUGUUACUUAGCAUUACCGCUGUGGGUAUUCCUGGCACGCCGGAAUCCGAUGACUACCGAAGUGCUCCGUGUUGGCUGGUUUCCCCUCAUCGUGGCCCUUUGCGAAUCAAGCUUUGGUGGCUACAUCCUGGAUUACUCCGUUCAAAGAUUUCCGGGGAUUGCGCUGCAUUUGUCUUCUGUUAAUGCCAUAGGAGGUAAUAUCGCCGCCAUCUUCUCCUGCACCAUGUCCACGUACCUGAACAAGGCUGUCAGUCCAGGGGUUCUGCCGCGUCGCGAGCCAAUCUGCCCGGGACCGUACAGUGCAUUUUUCAGCAACAAGAACACCGGUACCAUUGCCAUAGUGCUUUUCAGCAUCGUCAUUCCGGGCCAGAUCAUCAUUGCUACCACACUCAAGCUCUUCCGGUUCGGCCACGUUAGCAUGAGCCUUAAGUUCACGUUCUUCUACGUUGCGGCUUCGCUCGGUCAGGUGACGAUCCUGCUGUACCUAGCCCGAGUCUUGGUCUACUUCCUGUGGAAGAACAAGAUCGACCCUGACAACGCGGCCAUACCAUUCCUAACGGGCGCUGGAGAUUUCGUUGGUACGGGCUUCUUGACGCUCGCCUUCAUCAUCCUGGAAGCCAUGAACGAUCCUUCGGUGACAGAAGGCGACCCCGAGGUCACGUCCAUCGCAGCAGUGACCACGCUCGUCACAUCAGGCGGUACGCCCAAUCCCAUGGCACCGACCAACAUUAUCUCCACCGUUGCCAGGAGAGUCGGCCUCCUCGAGGACGGUCUUUGAUCAUACAUGACCCCACAAACAUUGGAGUACUGCAAACAACUCAGUGGACGGCAGUCCAAUUAUAAAUAAAAUUUGUAGUCGCCAAGAUCGCUGUUUUACAUGUAAUAAAUGCCUUCCAGCUAUUGUA